AUGGGCGAUAUAAACUCCUUUCCCGUAGACCCGAACUCGCCGAUCUUCGUUGCAAAAGCUAUCCUCGCAACCACUAUAGCAGGCGGGACCGCAGGAGCCACUCUCGGGGUGAUCAGAUCAGCCAACCCCUUUGCAUUCUCCAUCAACAUGGGCGUCAAUGGCGGUAUAAUGGGCCUAACAUUCUUUGGUCUUCGGGAAUACCUCAUCUCACCGCUCCUCCUCUCUGCAUCGCCCACAUUGUCUCACGCCCGCCGCUUCCACCAACUCAGCGAGAAACAACUCGGCAAGCUCCCUUCUUCCCCAUCCCCUGAAGCAGCGUCGAUCUCCGAGAUGCGGACGGAACGGUUCCUCGACUCGGGCAUCUCGGGCUCUUUGGCGGGCGGGGUUCUGUCUGGCGCUACGAGAGGCAUAAGGACAGUCAUCCCAGCGGCGAUCACGACGGGUCUGAUCGCUCUGGCGGGACAGGCGGUCGUCAAUCAGGUCAGAGUAGGGAGGUUGAAGCUGUUGGCGCGUAGAGUGGGGGACAUGGACGGGACGGCGCCCCAGGGGCAAGGGGAGAUGGUAUCGACCAUAGAUGCCCUCGACAAUCCUACCGCGCCGACUACGGCCGCAUCCUUACCUGGGCGGAUAAUGAAGGGUCUGAGUCACGCCUUACCAAUACGGCAGCUCUCGGACGAGGAGUAUCUCGCUACGUUGGAAAAGAAGAAGAGGGAUGUUGCGAAGCGGCUGGGCGAGAUAGAGGUGGAGGAGCUGAGGUUGUACGAGGCGAGUCAAACUGGUAUGGCGGGAACAAAGUAA